UUCAGACCAUGUUAAAGACUAAGUUGAAUGUCCUAACUCUUCGGAAGGAGCCUCUCCCAACAGUGAUCUUCCAUGAACCAGAAGCCAUUGAGCUGUGCACCACAACUCCCCUCAUGAAGACCCGGACUCACACUGGAUGCAAGGUUACGUAUUUGGGUAAGGUUUCCACAACAGGGAUGCAGUUUUUGUCAGGCUGCACAGAGAAACCAGUCAUCGAAUUAUGGAAGAAGCACACGCUCGCCAGGGAGGAUAUUUACCCAGCUAACGCCCUUCUGGAAAUUCGCCCUUUCCAAGUCUGGCUGCAUCAUCUGGACCUCAAAGGCGAGGCAACAGUCCACAUGGAUACCUUUCAGGUAGCACGUAUAGCCUACUGCACUGCUGACCACAAUGUCAGCCCAAACAUCUUUGCUUGGGUCUAUCGGGAGAUCAACGAUGACUUGUCCUACCAGAUGGACUGCCAUGCUGUAGAGUGUGAGAGCAAGCUGGAGGCCAAGAAGCUGGCCCAUGCCAUGAUGGAGGCCUUUAAGAAGACUUUUCACAGCAUGAAAAGCGAUGGCCGGAUCCACAGGAACAGCUCAUCAGAGGAAGUGUCUCAUGAAUUUGAACCUGACGAUGGCUGACUGAACUCAUUCAUGGUUCAGCAGGGAAUGAGAGCUGAUAGAUGAAUAAGCAACGAUUGAAAUUGGGGAAUGAAAGGACUGCCAAACACUUGUCUGACCAGCUUUUUAAAUCAAAAGAGCAAUUCAGUACCUACAGAUAUGCAUCAUUAAAAUAAUUACGUUAAAUUGAAUUCUGCUGCUGUUGUAAAAGUGAGGAAAAAACCCCUCCCUCCCCCAUCUCUCUCACCCACCCAUCACUGUCCCUUUCUCAUCUCUGUAGUUCAGGUGCAUACCAUGAAGUAGAUUCAUUCCUGUUUGUCUUACAAGACUGGUCAGGCAAUUUUAUUCCUUGCUCCUCUGGCAUUCCUAGCUGGAGGCUUAUGCACAAGAGCCAGUAGACCUGGAAAGCCCUAA